UUUCCGGGAGCGGGAUGCGCCGUCGUCUUUUCAAUUCCUCUCUAGGUAAUUAGAGCAAGACCUUUGGUUCCUGCGGAUCAUCUUCUAAUUAGGCCAACCCCUUAUAAAUGCAUCCUGUAGAUCGUCAAUCUCAUCUCUACUUACAAGCUUCCAAGGUUAUUAUCAUAUAUUGAUAGUUGACUUUCAGAAGUAGAGGUCUAUAGUGGGUAGCGUUAUCGAUUCCGAAGUGGAACUCGAAUGGAAUGGCUAUUUUCUCAAGGUAAUACGAUUGUUGUAGGUAAAGACCAUCCCCGUUAAACCAUAAAGGGGUUGGUAAUGAGAUCGGGAUUUCUAUCAUAAACCCCGCAUCGCGCCUCCGCUUGAGUCGGUUUUCACAACCGAAAGCCCCGGGUCGCCCAUGGUCCAUGGAUUUGUUUCCUGGCUCAUAGCGGUACUUGCCGUCCAAACAAAACGAUUAAUAACGGCUGACGGUUACGGAUUCAUAAUCUUUUGAUACCGAACCAUUCAUUGUACCAUUUUCUUACUAUUCAUCUGCGUCACCCCUGAACACGCCAUGAUUCCCGUCGCAAUCGUUGGUGGCGGUCCAGUCGGGCUCGUUUCCUCAAUUCUUUUAUCUAUGAGUGGUAUAGACCAUAUCGUAUUUGAGCAAUAUCCUGACACAUCGAUUCAUCCGAAGGCAUUGGGUAUCAAUCAAAGAACAGUUGAAAUCUUCCAGCAUUUGGGGAUUGAGGAAGAACUCAUCAAACACCGUGCUCCAUUUGAAUCAGUCUCUCAUACCGCGUGGUAUACCGGCUUAGGAAAAGAGGAUAUCGAAAUAGUGAAGAGGGAAGCUUGGGGCGCUGGGGAGCGUUCCGAAGAAUAUCAGCGUAACAGCCCCGCCCAAUAUAGUAUAUUGCCACAGAUACGCUUAGAACCCAUCCUGAAGCGUCGAGCCUUGAGUCUAAACCCGAAUGCUAUACGAUACAGUACGAAAGUUCUCGGCGUUCGGGAAGAGGACGAAUCGGUGAUUCUUCUCGUUCGCACUAAAGAUGGAGUCGAGGAAGAAGUUCACGCGCAAUACGUGCUGGGCGCUGAUGGCGGUCGUGGGUUUGCGCAAAACAUCGGGAUCGAUUGGGAAGGAAAGCAAGACAUUGUAGAGAUGAUGACCGUGCACUUCAAAGCUGAGCUUGAGGCUCUUCAUCCGGAUAAGAACGUUUUUCUCUCCUGGCUUAUUAAUCCAACGAUGAGAGGAAGUCUCGGGACGGGCUACUGCUAUCAUAUCGGCCCCUACUAUCCAGAAAGAGAGGCAAAUUCGGAGUGGGUAUUCGCCUUCCCUCGUCUGCCAGAAGACCCAAGUACUUUCGAGAAUGAGGAUACGAUUAAGCGAAUUCAAAGGAGUUUAGGCAUCCCAGACUUAGAUAUCAAUCUUCUGAGCAUCAGCAGCUGGACGGUUAACGCGAUUGUAGCACAGCAAUAUAGGAGCAAAGGUGGAAAGGUCUUCCUAGUCGGAGACGCAGCUCAUCGAUUCCCGCCGUGGGGUGCGCUUGGAAUGAACACAGGGAUCCAGGAUGCUUACAAUCUCAUUUGGAAACUUGUGUUUGCUCUCCGGUCGCCUGAUCCAAAACGCUUCGACAAUCUCCUCGAUACCUAUGAAGCUGAGAGACAGCCUAUCGCUCGUCGGGUCGCGUCGAACAGUCUGUCGAAUAUGCUCAAUCAUGGCAAUGUGAUGGACACCGCUAUCGGGAUCUCGCCCGACGCAGCUGUCGAAAGUAAUCUCGAAGCGGUUAGGGCAUUCUCUGACCCAAACCAUCCUCAAUACAAGGCGAAGAGGGAUGCGGUUAAGAAGGCGGCAGAAGAUCUAGAUCUUGAAUUUAAUGCUCCAGGCAUAGAGAUCGGUUGGUUCUAUCCGAGCGCAGACAUAAACCGUGAAGGCGAUAAGACACGCCAUGAUGGUCAAUUGCUAGAAGACGGUGAGUAUGACAUUACGGACUACCAUCCUUCGACUAUCCCGGGCCACAAUUUACCGCAUGCCUGGUUGAAAAGGGGAGAUAAAGAAGUGUCAACGCGGCAUCUGAUCCGACAUGACUCGUUUCUGCUUUUGGUGAAUUCACCUCAAUGGGUGCCGCUCCAGAGCGAACUCAUCCACGUGGAAGUUAUCGACAAUAAAGAAGGAUGGACAGAUCGAGACGGUACGUGGAAUAGGUUAUGUAAUGUAGGAUCUACAGGUGCUGUUCUAGUCAGGCCGGAUGGCAUAGUUGCAUGGCGAGCGCAGGAAUGGAUAUAUGAGCGGGAAUGGAUCUAUGAGGGUAAGGGAUUGUUUCCUGGCGUAUUAGAUAAUGUCCUAAAACCUCGCCGCCACGAAGAUUAGUAACCAAUAUAUCACUUACGUAACCACAUUUUAUAAAAAUAAUCUCCAAUGCUUAUGUAAAGAGGGAGGUGAGAUAAAAUGAGUCAGCAGAAACGCCACGGAGCUGUUUAGUCAUUGUCCUUUUUCUUUCUCUGGCUCUAUCAUGUGGGCUCCUACCAAUCUUCCAUCGGCCAUGACUCUUUCUGACUGGCGGACGUGCCAAAGGACGAAAGGAUAUACAAGGUCGCAUAUGAGAGAC